AUGCUGGAUAGAGAAAUGGAGAAACGAAUCAGGAAAGAAGAAGAUGACUCCCUGAUGACGAAAUGGAAAAAUUCUAUUCGACAAAGUCCUACUAUCGCUGGUAGUAACAAUCCAGCUAGAAGAGCCAUAUGUGAACAUUUGGAAGAGUGGCUGAAUAGAAAUCAUGAAGCAAUUAACUAUAGGAUGACACAAAUGUUGAGUGGACAUGGCUGUUUUCGAGCAUUCCUCCACAAAAUCGGUAAAGAGGACAACAGUAAUUGCUUACAAUGUGUGGGAUCUUCUUCUUGGAAUGCAAAAGAGGAUACAGCUAACCACACCAUGGUAGAGUGCCUAGCUUGGCAUGUUGAGAGAGAGCAGCUCCUAGCUACGAUGAAAUGCCAACGUACCUGGAGGAAUAUUAUCUCUGAAAUAUGUCAAAACAAAGAUAAAUGGAAAAGUGUAAAUAGUUACGUGCAAACUGUAAUAAAACAAAAGGAAGAGCUCGAGAGAAUUAGGGAAAGACAGAGACAUACUAAUGAUCGAGGAAUAGAUUAG